AUGUCAGCUAUUAAUGACACUAAAUUCAGCUCUGCAGUGUUCCUUCUCACUGGGAUACAUGGGCAGGAAGACGUCUAUCUCUGGAUCUCUAUCCCCUUCUUUUUAAUGUAUGUUAUUUCUAUAGUAGGAAAUUCAGUCAUUCUGUUCAUUAUAAAAACAGAUCCAAGCCUCCAUGAGCCCAUGUACAUUUUCCUUUCCAUGUUGGCCAUCACAGACCUUGGCUUAUCGAUAGCCACCAUGCCAACAACACUGGGGAUAUUCUUGUUUAACUCUAGGGAGAUCAGUCUUCAUGCUUGUUUUGCUCAGCUCUUCUUCAUCCACUCACUCACAUUCAUUGAAUCCUCGGUGCUCUUGUUGAUGGCCUUUGACCGCUUUAUCGCAAUCUCUAACCCACUGAGAUAUGCUUCCAUCUUAACCCCACCGAGAAUAGUCAAGAUGGGACUGGUGUGUGUGCUAAGAGGGGUGGUCGUAGUAUUCCCACUGCCCUUUCUCCUGAAACGGUUCCAAUAUUGUCAAGCCAAUGUCCUCUCCCAUUCCUACUGCCUGCACCAAGAGGUCAUGAAGAUGGCUUGUUCGGAUAUCACAGUCAACAGCAUCUAUGGCUUGUUUGUCACAAUCUCCACAGUGUUGUUGGACUCGCUGCUCAUCCUCCUAUCGUACGUGAUGAUUCUGAAAACAGUGCUGAGCAUUGCAUCUCAUGUGGAGUGCGUUAGGGCACUGAGCACCUGUGUCUCCCACCUCUGUGCUGUCCUCCUCUUCUACAUACCAGGGAUUGGCUUGUCUGUAGUACAGAGAUUCGGGAAUAGCUCUUCUCCCUUGCUUCAGAUUCUCAUGGGCUACAUCUAUUUGCUGGUCCCGCUCAUGAUGAACCCGAUUGUGUACAGCUUGAAAAGCAAACUCCUUCGUACGAGGAUAAUCAAGGCAUUCAAAAAGCAAAGAGUCAGUUCAUCAACUGGCUCCAGCGCUGGUGAAAGAAGAGAAGUUCAGACAGGGUCUAAGGCCUGGAGCAAUUGGACAGGGCCUGGUGAGGGAGGACAGUGCACUAGGUGA